CAAUCCAACGCACAUGCAUUCACACAUAGCCGACACACUCACCGAGACACACACUUUGUAAGUGACACGAUGCUCAUUCGUUCAUUCUGCUACCGAUGACGAGAGGGCCACAUCCACAGUGCCAGUGCCACUGGGCUGGCCCGCAACAUCACCAUGAGGGCUGUGGUUGUCACCGUCGUGUUCGCUGCUGACCGUCACCUCGUAUCGCCGCUUGGACGACUGGCCAGGGCGAUGCGCAUGAACGUGGCCCUUGGGCGUCUGGUGCACACCUUCUUCUACUUGGUGGGGCAGAAAGGCACACUCUGGAACGAACACGGCAAACGCACACACAGGUGCGGUGCCGAUUCAUGUGUGUUGGUCGCGCCAUGUGCCUGUCGUGUCUCGCUUGCCUGGAGAGUUUUCUCUGCUGAGAUGCCUCACGCCAGGGUUGGCUGUGUCUCCUUGACAGCUCUCGCCAGCCUCGGUGGUCGACCCGCCCUUGGCGAGCUGGCCGACCGUCCCAUUCCCAUCGGUGGAUCCGUCGUCCUUGCAAUUGGCAGCUGGAGGAGCGGCGGCCUCGCGAGGCAACGCCAGGGGAGGCAUCGACAGGAAGCUUGGCUGGGGAUCGUCGUGAGCGAUUCUGCAGUCGAUGGCGAAUAGAGUGUCCUCCAUGAGAGCGGCGAGGGACUGGUCGGCUCGGAGGGGGCUGUUGGGGUUUUGCAACAGAUCCAGCACCUCCUAAUGAACGGCGUCCAGUCCACACAGACAGACAAGGAUGAGAGCGAGCAGCCCAUGGGCAUCACGUCUUCCUUUCGUCUCACUCACUUUGCAGACGCCUCUGAUGUCCCUGGUUUCCAGCUGCCCCUUUGCUGCGUUGAUGGUGUCCUCAUGUAUGACGGCCUCCACCAUGACGGCGGGCAGCGGUGGACCCUCCAGCCGGGGCGCCUUGCUCAGACACAAGAGCUCUUGCAGGCGAUACAAGAGCUACACACACACACACACACACACACGGACACGGGUCCAUCCAUAUAUUGCCGUGUGUUGUGUCUGUCUCGCCCUCCCUGUCCGAGUACUCACCUCUUUCUCUACUUCCACCAUCUCUAUCGACGCAUUCGUUGGCGAGGCCGCGGUGGCUUCCGAGUUGGGAGACUUGUGCCCUCCGCCGAUCGCCAUCUGCUGCUUCACCCUGUCCCAGUUUCCGACGCCGCCAGGUGGUGAUCCACGCCGCGAAGACACGGGCGAUGGGCUCUGCCCGGCGGGGAUGGUGGGCAGUGCGAUGGACGCGCUGGUGGCCUCGUGGAUGGCGGUGGGUAGCCGGGGGAAGGCCAGCUUUAUGUGGAUGGACGGUUGGUCCGAAGGCAGCGGGGUGGCCGCACCACUGUCGGUGGGCGUCAGCUCCACCAGAUUGCCAACCUGAAACAGAGAGACACGCAUGCCCAUGUGCAUAUUGACGAGGCACAGAGGGAGACGUGAGAGGGGGCGUACCUUGCUGGAGAGUUUCUUGAUGGUGCUGGUGAGGAGCUUCAAAUCCUUCCUGUUGUACUCGUCCUUGCCCUGCCGAUACGCCAACAACCUGCAUGGCCAUCCAUGACGCACAUAAGAGCCACACCGAUCCAUAUGCACACGACACGCGGCGAGUACACCACACCCGAUGAAGUCCAACCUACCUCAUGAGGAAGACCUCGUCGACAUCCUCGUGUGCGAGUUUGACUGCGGCUCUUCUGGCGAGUAUGUUGAAGAUGGUUCCCAGCACCAUCAUGCCACCUCCGAUGACGAAUAUGGCGGGGAUCCAGCUGAGGCCGCCCUCGUCCACCAGGGGAAACGAUACUGCUGUGCAUAUGUACGCGACCACCGCACUGCACAGAAAUAUCCACGCGCGACGCUGCAGAGAAGCAGAGAGACAGACCGCACACAGUGUGUGUGGCCGUGUGGGAGUGUGUUUCUGUUUGUGUUGUUACGGACGGUGCUUCUGCGUAUGAGUGCGUGUGCCCUCUCGCCCUUGGUUUCGUCCAGAAGGCUCUCGAGCGGCCGGGGACCAGGGAAGUGGUCCAGCAGAGUGCGCCAGUAGUGCUCCCUGUCCCCCACACACAAGAACACACCACACGACAUGCCGUGUCCUGUCUGCACUGAUCUGCUCACUGUGGUGUGAAUGCUUUGAAUGGCAUUCUGAAUAGGCCGGUAAGGGGGUCUUCGAAUGGCUUGCCGAGCAGGAACUGCUGCAGCGCCUUCUUGAUCUUACGGUCGGCUUCCUCCGCAUUCCUAUCGACCCAAGCACCUUGUUCUCCUCUCCCGUGUAUAUGUGUAUGUGAAUCCUUGGGGUGGGUGGUUAAGUCACCUGAAUGGCCAUGUGUAGUAUUUGACGGCGAAUGAGACAAGUGCCAGCACUGUGGGGAUGUAGACGAAGAAGGCACGGAUCAGAAAUACCACCCAAGCACUCUGCUCCUGGGAGACGCCGUCCUGAUGGGUGGAUGGAUAGAUGACACACAUACGUCGACCAAACACGACACACAAACAUGGUGCGUGCCUGCACCUUUGAGGCCUUGAAUCCUGCGGCGGCGAUGACAGCUAUUGGGAAUGCCUGUGCGGGAACGGCGACGAUCUUGGGCACGAAUGAGCUGAACAUCGUGAACGACGCCUCGUUGCGAACACCCGCCCUGCAUGCACGUCCAUGCAGAUGUAAGGAGACGUGUGGGUGUUGCUGGCGUGUGUGUGUAUGUGCUGACCGGAGUUCAUCGUAGUCGAUGGUGAGCCCGAGAAUGUUAUCGGUGAGGAAGACGGCCCCGAUGGGGAAGCCGUUGAUCAGCGAUAUGCCUACGUGAUGAAAUGAUAUACAUCCAAGCAACCCGUCUGUCUAUCUGUACACUGCGCUCCCUGCCCUGCCAUACUCGCUCACCGACAGUGAGCCAUUGGUCCCCGCUGCCGACGAAGAUGAGCAGGCCGUUGGUCUGACAUACAUUAGAUCAGUCAGUCACGCACACGUGAAUGUGUCAGAAGCCUGUUGGUUGCAACCAACAAGUCGUAGCUACCAGCGCAUUCAGCAGGUUUGUUGCCUGAGUGCACCAGUGCGGUAGUAUGAUAGAUAGAUAGAUAGAUAUCCAUAAAUCGUACCAUCCUUUGUUUACCUGCCAUGCUGUGAUGUCGCCGAAGCGCCGGGCGAUCAAAUGCCUGCAUCCAUUCAUUGAGUGCAGUGUGUUGGCGGCUGGGCAACAAGGAGAUUGCAGCGUGGAGUGAGUGACCGAGCCGACCAGAGUGGCAUAGCGAUUAAUGCACCAAGGAGGAGGGAGCACAGCGCCAUACCUAUCGAGACACACAUAACCGACGGCAUUGAUGCUUGAGGGGAGAGAGGGCACCAAAUUGGAUGGUAUCUGUCUUUGUACCAAGGAGUAUUUGCGAGUCGCAUUCCUUUUCGUCGUCGAUGGUUCGUUCGUCGGUGGGGUCGUAGUCCUCGCACACCACAUGGACAGCGAAGUAGGGCAUCAUGGUCGCCAACAGAGAUAGCAGAGUCGUGUCCAACACCCACGGGAUGAUCAUUGUCCUGCCCACAGUCAGUCAGUCAAUCAGUCAGUCAGUCACACAGAGAGCAAGUGAAGCAAGCAGAGAAGGGGACACACCCACUCACUGUGCGACCUGAAAGGUCGGUUCUCGAGCACUCCUAAUAGGGUCGGCACAAUAAUGUCGAUCUUGCUCAUGCGAGGCGCGGAGACCUUAUCUCCAGCACCAGCAUGUUCGGGAGACGGGCGCUCCUUCUGGUCCUUGAAGCCCUCGUCCCACAUGACCAUCGGCUUGCUCUGCUGCUGGGGCGGCUUGUCACUGAUGCUGCGCUGCCCGGGCACUAUUGACGUGUCCCCGACUGGCUGCAUCCCCGCACUUGGAACGUCGUCGAGUCUGUCACACACCGACCAGACACACACAAGGGAUGAUCUGUGUCUGUCUGUCUGUCUGUCUGUGUGUCUUUUUUCUCACUUGGCGGCUUCGCUGACGGUGAGGGAAAUGCGCUCUUCCAAAACCCCGUCUAGAUGGACAGCGGCAUCAGCAUCGACGAUGGCGGUGAUUGCACGCGAUGGGGUCUCCCGGGUUUCGGGACCAGUGGCGGUGUUGCCGAGGAGAUGGGCCGACUGUGACUUCCUGACCUGCUUUGGGUUGGCGAACCCCUUGACAGUCUUGAAUCUGUAGUAUCAUGUACCGUGAGACAUGCACCAUUUACUUGGUGAUUGUUCCUUCGUUCGUUCGUUCGUCGGUCAUCCAUAUUAUCUGUGUGUGUGCCUACCUGUAUUCCUCUUCCCCCUCUGGAUUUUCUCUCAAAAGGUACACACAUAGCAGCUGCACACGCAGACAAACAAGCUGACAACCCCUCCGUGUGUAUAUGUAUGUGUGUAUGUGUUUGUAGGCUCCCUGACCAUCGCACAAAGGAAGUAGACUGAGAAGCUGAUGCCCACAAUGGAGAACGACAGCCAGAUGUCUUGCUGACAUCACACACGCACGCACGAACAGACACAGACACAAACCAAUCACGGCAUGGACAGAAGUAGAAGGUCGGGCACGCAGAUAUACCUGGAGGCAAUUGUCUUGGUACUCUUCCAGUUCGCAGUCUUCCUGAGCACUCCUCUGCACGGCUGAGCCGUUGGACGCAGCCUGGAAAAACUCCUCAUCACACUCUAGACACAAACACACCGACAAACAUAGCGCGGCAGAUUGCGGGUGGACCGGGGAAUGCAUCAAUCGCCCACCGACCUGAGACAUCACAUGGUCUGGCCCGCUUGACAGCUAUCUCGGCCACCACCGGCAGCACAGCGGCACCCAGCAUUCCUGAGUGAUUGAUUGAUGUAAUAAACCCACCCAGACACGGGCAAAUGUCUCAGCACAAACCACAUGCCCGAUUCAUUACCGAUCAUGGCGAAUGCCUUGUUGACAAAAAACAGCUCGCGACGGGCACGCUGACUGAGUGCACGAGACAGAGCAAAGACACUUUCCGCCUCCCAACGCUUUUGCUGCGUCAUUGGUGUUUCGAUUAACUGACCUGGUCGUGAUUUCCUGCCCCAGAGCGUUGUGUGGGACGUUCGUCAGCGUGUCAGCAAGGAAAAACAAUAUGUACAAAACGCCAAACCAGAGGCCUGAAACAAAUCGAUGGCCUCUUUGCCUGUCUGUCUGUGUGCUGGCUGAGCGUAUGCCGCUCCGACCGAUUUCCGGUCUGUCAAUGAGUGUCGACCACGGCGUGCAGAGCAGGGACAGCAGCAACGCAUAGAAGAAGCAGCCCACAAACAUGAAGGGCCUCCUGCGACCCCAACGAGUGUGAGCAGAAUCAGUAAUGCUCGCCUGACACACAAUCACGCGUAUAACGGCAUCGCAUUCAUGGCUUGUACCCUGCGCACCAUUAAUGGGUCGGUGAGCACGUCGAUUGAUCGCCCAGCAGCCACAAAGAAAGCCAGGAUGGCCAAUGUCGCCUGGGAUGUGGUGAGACAUCAUAUUAUCAAUUUACAGACGAACAUGUGUGUGUGCGUACCCCCAGUUUUUCGUAUCGAGUCAACAUGUGAACUCUGGUGGGGAGACGAGAACGGCAGGCGAAUACCAACGCGCAUACAAGAAACGGGUAUCAUUUGUGGAUGUGUGUAUGUGGAAGGUCAAACACGAGAGCUGCUUACACAACCAGCAGGUUGACUGGACCGGUCUUUGCCAGCUCGGGCAAACCUGGAGAGAGAAUGACGGCCGUCACACUCACACAUGUCUCAUCGCCGGCGGUACACCCUACCGUAGGCAAUCUUCUUGUAAAAUGGAAUCGAUCCUCUUGGGUCACUGUUCACAAAGAUACCCUGUUUCCGCUCCUGCAGAUAACGAAUGUCAUUCAUCGCCCCACAGCCGGCCCGUGCCACUCCCUCUGGCGCUCACUCACUCACCUUGAGUCUCUGUUUGAGCAAUUUCCAUCUCGCCUGGCCCCUUUCCGAUAUCACAGACGGGCUACCGCCCCAAAAUUUGCUCAGCUCUCUUCUUUUAUGAGCGAGCCGAGGGCUCUCCUGCACCAGCUCGAGCACGUAGGCCUUUUGGGGCUCGAAAAUAAAGAUCUCCGGGUCGACCGGCGUGGCCAAUGUCUCGCCCUCCAUCUGAGCAGAUAUAUCGGCGACAUGCGAUGUGUUUCCUGCAGCAGCUGGCUACCUUGAGGGUGAACGACACUGAUUCCGGGAGUCCCCUCUCUUUAAGAAUCCGCAGACAGGCGGCUCUUACCAACUCUACCUCAUUUUGGAUACCGAAUGGCAUAAUCUGGCCACAACAACAGCACACACAGUCAGUCUAAGGCCCCACAAGACAGCAGUGAUCGAUCAGACGACCUCUUUGUGUCUUUCUCCCAAAUAAAUCAAUGUGUACCUUUACGGACAGAGACAGAGAGGAUAGCGGCGCACGAACGCAUGCAGCCCGAAUUCGUUUGUUGACUUACUGCGGCCCGCUUGGGGCAGCGGUCGGCGGGCUUGUAUGGGGUCUGCCGACAGGUGCCGUCAGCAAUCUCCUGCGCCUGGUUGGACCGGCGGGGGUCGUGGGGGAGUGCUGUACGUGCAAAUUGGGAGGUUCGCACUGCCCGGCCGUCGAACCUUUGUUCGUUGGGGAUGUUUUUGCCUGAAUGACAAAUCAUGAAGCAGCGUGUUGAGGGUAUGAAGCCAGAGGAGAUGGUACAGCGGAGUUACCUUACUCAUCGGAUUCCGUUCUGGCGUUGCUUUUGACGCCUCCUCAUGCGCGUUCGGCGGCUGCUGCAUCGUUCGAACUGGACCAGAGACUCUUGUAGAUUCGGUUGGCUUCGAUUAAUUC